GCGAGAUCGAGCGAGCUGUCCACUCAACCGCCGACAGACCCCGCGGGACCAAGGAUGGGAAAUACUGUGAGCGGCCGCAUGGAUGGCAUCCAUGGGCUCUCUGGGGAAGAGAAAGACGCGAUUCGACGCUUCGAAGAUGCAGAGAUCCAUCUUUUGCGUGAAGUGUUCAAAGGCAUCACGCAGACCACGGCGGACAACUCGGUUGACAAGGAAAACUUCCUCAAGAUCUUCCCCAUGCCCGGUCUCCUCGGCGAACGACUGUUUGCUGUCUUCGACAAGAACGCCUCCAAUUCCAUCACGUUCAACGAGUUCAUCGGUGGUCUCGCGAUUCUUACCAAGGGGUCUCGAAACGAAAAGAUGAAGUUCAUCUUUGACCUCUAUGACGUAUCCGACAAGGGGUCGAUUUCGAAGCGCGAAAUGACGACCAUGAUCCAUCAGUUUCCACAGUCGGCGAUGAUUCUCCUCAAGGGCAUGAAGAUGAUGUCUGCGUCCAACGACAAUACUCAUGCAGACUUCCAGCAAGUGGACUUGGAUCAACUUGUCCAGGACGCGUUCGUAAACCACGUGAACGACAAGAACGAGCGCAUGACGUUUGACCAAUUCCUUGCGUGGUGUGACAGCACCCCCAUGAUCUCUGAGUUUCUCAUGAGCAUUCUUCCUGUGGACGAACAUCGAUCUGCGUGCAAUGCCACUGCUACUGCCACCGGCAAGCUUGAUGACAGCCGAUCGGCGAACGAAUCGCAACGGGGAGGCGCUGGCAACAUGGACAAGCGGGAAGUACGCCGACGCAACUCGUACUCGCCAACACGGAAAGAACAUGCUCCAAUUGGACGGUUUCGAUUUUCUUCGAGCUCCAACAUCAAGCGGGACGCAACGCGGGAGCUCCUUCUUCAGGCAAAGGAGUCGACAAGUGCCCCCACGGUCCUUGACGCGAUCGACAAGGCAAUCCUCGAAAUUGACAAAUUGCAAAAGGCAAAGUUGGCGACCACGUGCCGACAUGUAUCAAGGCAGUCGUUUGUGAAUGACAUUUGCCACGAAGGAUACUUGUGGAAGAAGGGGACUCGACUUAAGCAGAUGAAGCGGCGGUAUUAUGCACUCCAAGGGAAUUUUCUGUACUACUACGCGACGAAAGGAGACACGAAACCAAAAGGCGUGAUCUUCGUGUCGGGACGAUAUGUCGAGGUGUCAACGAACCCUUCGAUGGAAAAGCAAGGGUUCUUCGCGUUUCAGCUGACGUCAGACGCUGGUGCUACGGAAGAGAAGCGAUUUCUGUAUGCAAAGACUGUUGUCGACAGAGAUGAAUGGGUCACGGAGCUCCAGCGAGCAAGCUGCAAAGUGUCAAUUGACCAAUUCUACUCGCUUGGUCGUGAGCUGGGGAAAGGACGGUUCUCCCACGUGCGGGAGGCCACCCACCUCGUGACGAACGAGGUGUUUGCUGUCAAAAUCAUCGACAAGACACAAUUGGGGGCCACAGAGAAAGAGUUGCUGCGAACAGAGAUCGCAAUCUUGAAGCUUGUUAAGCACCCGCACAUUAUUCAUCUCCAGGACGUGUACGAGAACAAACACCACAUCUACAUCGUCACGGAGCUCUUGACUGGCGGCGAGCUAUUCAACAGGAUCGUUGGCCGCUCGCGGUACACUGAAGCGGUGUUUCACCCUCGACCUUUGAAGUGUUCUGAUUGGCUCGUAGGAAUCUCGAACGGUCAUGAAACCGCUAUUUGAAAGCGUGGCAUACCUCCACAAGAUGGGCAUCGUCCACCGUGACAUCAAGCCAGAGAACAUUCUGUGCGGAGACAAGUUGACCGACCUGCGCAUCGCGGAUUUCGGCCUUUCGAAACUCGUGUACCCGCAUGAGAUUAUGAAGAUGCCAUGCGGAACUCUCAACUAUGUUGCGCCAGAAGUCCUGUCCCUAGUUGGGUAUGGCAAGGAAGCCGAUGUGUGGUCGUUGGGUGUGAUCAUGUACCUUCUCCUUCGCGGCGAAUUGCCAUUCCACGGGAAAACCAAGAACGACAUCAUCCAAAAGACCCUCCACGCCGACGUGUGUGUGGACCAAGACGACUCGUGGACUGGCAUUUCUAUCCACGCCAAGGCGCUUUUGCAAAACAUAUUGUCCAAAGAGCCAUCAAAACGCUUUACAGCUCAAGAAGCGUUACAGCAUCCGUGGUUUGCUUAGUCUAACGAGCAACUACUCGGUCUACCACAUUCGUCUCCCUCGAGC